GUUUUUUUGUUUCUUGUUUCUUCUUUCUUUUUGAAAACUUCUUUUUGUAUUAUUACGUACAAAUAAUAAUAAUAAUAACAAUAAUAAUAAUUCAUUAAAUGAAUAAUGGCCGGGUGAGGAGGCGACUGCCGACGAGAUCAACCUUCAAUUCAAUCUCCCUCUUCCAUUUCUAAAUCAUAUAUAUAUAUAUGUAUUGAAGAUUUCAAUCAUUUCAUCCUGCCCUUUUCAUAUUUGAUUUUUGUAUUUGUUCCUGAAAUUUGUAUUCUCUUCUUUGUUGGUUGGUUGGUUGGUUUUACAUCCUCUUCUUCUCUUUGUGUUUUUUUCUGGUUAUUGUUUUCUUCACCAAAGACUAGGACUUUUUUGUUUCCAUAUACUUGUUCCCCUCCCGUGAGCCGAGGCGGUGUAAGCCAAAGGUGCUCGUCGUACAUACACAUCCAACGACAAACCCCAGGGGCGCAGAGACGGCCGUGUACCAAAUGCAUUUGUCCUUUGACUCUCUCCUUGUAUUGCCAUUGCUCAAUUUUGGGAAUUCGGAUUUAUCUUGAGAUGGUCUUUAGGAACAACACUGUUUUCGGAUAUGACUUCUUCGGUUUAGUUUGGAUUCAAUACUUUCUGCAAUGCAAUUAGUGUCACAUGAUAGUCGCACGGAGGAUUUUUCAGAAACGGAGCCCAUCUUAUCUCAUCAGUCUUACUCGGAUGCAGAGAGGUCUGAGGAGUCGUCGACGCGUUCAAUUGAAAUAACUGUCAGCGGUGACGUUUCUGUAACUUUAAAUGAAUCGCCGAAUCCUGAUCCCGAUGAGAACUGUUCCCUUGUACCUGCGGACCAACCCAUUUGUCGCAUAUGCCUUGAUACUGGAGGAGAGGAUUUGAUUGCACCUUGCCAUUGCAAAGGCACUCAGAAGUACGUCCACAGAUCGUGCCUUGAUAAUUGGAGAUCAACUAAGGAGGGGUUUGCUUUUGCUCACUGUACAGAGUGCAGGGCAGUAUUUAUAUUACGGGCAAAUGUUCCACCUGAUCGAUGGUGGCUGAGGUUAAAGUUCCAGUUCCUCGUCGCAAGAGACCAUGCCUUCAUAUUCAUUACUGUUCAGCUGAUUGUUGCAUUUUUAGGGGUGCUGGUCUAUAAGUUCUAUGGGGAGGAACUAAGGGAGAUGUUUGGUUACGAAGAACAUCCAUAUGGCUUUUAUACCAUGGCAGUCCUGGCGGUUGUGUUGGUUGGCUUGCUUUACGGUUUCUUCAUAGCGAUAAUAUGUGGACAGAGGAUCAAUGAACGCCACUACCACGUACUUGCCAAACAAGAGUUGACAAAGGAGUACAUAGUGGAAGACCGGGAAUCUAAUAAGAACAUCCCGGAACUUGAUCCCAGCCAUGUCACCGAACUACGGAUGCUGGGUCUUUAUUAAGGUGAUAAAUUAUACCCACAUAUGCUCCCUCGUCUUAUUUGCAUCCUGUUAUAGGAAAGUCGUGCUUAGUGAUUUCUGGCUCUUAUCCUGGCCAACUCUUAUUUCAGAAUCAACUUUCUGAAUAUCUCUUUGAAUCUGAUGAAAACCUAUGAUUCUGCAGCAAUAUAAGAAUUGUAGAUAGUGUCCUUUUUUUUUACCUCAGAUUGAAAUUCAAAGUAAUCAAGUUUUUAAAGUAGCAAGAGAAAGUAGGAUGAGAUACGAGCUUUGAAUGUUCUAUGUAUCCUUUCUAACUUUCAACUGGGAAAAUAUUGCAUUGUUUUCAGGUUCUUUGGAUUGUGAUUAUAGAUGUUUGAAAUUCACACAAAGCAAGAUCUCAAGGUGGGUUCCUAGUGCAACUUAUUGCUACAUAGUUCAUAUCAUACCAGUGACCCGUGAUGCCGAUAUUCCUGUUUAUGUAAACCCUGGCUGUCUUAAGGAAAAAUCCUCAACAUGGCCUGCAUAGUUUCCAGUUUAAAUUUCCUUCCCCCCCCCCCCCCCCCCCCAACAAAAUACACACGCCGGGGUUAUGUGAAUUCUGUUAUUUGGUGAUAUUUUUUAUCUGAAUUCUUUUCCAACUUUUUACGACAAUACACCUCAUAGUUGUACCUGGAGGCUUCUUUCCUGGUGUCUGUGUUCAUCAGUUUUGUUCUCAUAGUUGUACAUUGAGGCUUCUCUCGUGGGUGUCUUCACAGACAUCUUUUCAGCCGUUAUCUGGGGUCUACAGUUUUCAGACAAGGUGUUGAUGUAUUGUGAUUGUAGCUGUUGUAUUGUUUUUCAGUUCUUAUGUUUAGCAAGGUAGACUUGCUGAGCAUCUUACAGAAUUGAAAGUGAAAUUUGCAGAGUAAAUUCAGUCAAGUUCCUUUGAUUCGAACAGAGUUUGUGCUUCAUUGAUCAUGGUGUGGUGAUCUCAGAUUUCAAAGAGAUUGUAGUAAAAGAUUGUAGUAAAAUAUGCAGUGGAAGUUAGCUCAGGAACUCCAGUAAAUUUUUGUGUUUAAAAUCAAAAUGAUCAUGAUUUUUCAUUCCAUAAGGUACACAAGAUGGUGUUCUUAGCAUUCCUAUGUUAUGAACAAAUCUAAAUUUUACAUUCAUAUAUUUACAACAUGAUCCAUUAUAAAUGUACACCUAAACCUUGGCCUCAGUGUCAACUCCCAUCAGUGAGUUCAUCAGGAUAAAGCACCUGUACAAUGAUGUGCACCUGUACAAUGAUGUUAUAAUCUUUAAUCAUCACCCAAGUCAAUAGCAAAAUCACUGCCGGUCCAUUCAUUUCAACAUUCCAGGUCUUCUGAAGAUAACUCCUCUUCUGCUUCAGCUUCACUUUCAUCAGGAGAGUC